UCGACGCUUCCUCGUAACAGGACGUCACCAUGCCUUUCACUCGCAACAUCGAGCUCGGGCGCGUCGCGCUGGUGAACCUCGCCGCGGAUGCGCUGUACGGCAAGCUCGUCGUCAUCGUCGACUUCGUCGACAUGAACCGGGUUCUCGUCGACGCCCCGGGCGUGGACCGCCGCGUGAUGUCUCUCCGACGCCUCGCGCUCACGUCCCUCGUCGUCGACCUCAACGAAGAGAAGUCCCCCAGCAAGGAAACUCUGGCGGCGGCGAUGAAGACCGCGGACGUGGAAGGUCAGUGGGCGGCGAGCGCGUGGGGUAAGAAGAUCGCGAAACAAGCCGCGCGCAAGAACCUCACGGACUUUGACCGGUACAAGGUGAUGGUGGCGCGCGUGAAGCGCAGCGCCCUCAUCAAGAAGGCGCUCAAGUGAGUUCGCCUCGAGGUUGGGUUGGGGGUUAUUCGUCAGGCGGCGGCGUGAUGUGGGCGGUAGUCGACCGGCUCGAGAGCGAAGCGAUACUAGAUCGCCUCGCCUGGAGCCCGCUCGAGAGCGGCGUCUAAAUACGACGUCAGACGAACAGGAC